CCCUCACAUCCUGCUCAUACUAACCGCAAUAUGCGACACCUAAUUAGAAAGCAGCUUAGGCCACGGAACUUGUAAAACUAGACGACGCAAAUAAAAUCAAAAGUUUGCAUUCACAAUCGCCACCUUUCACCAUAAAAUAAUGAUAAAGUCUGGUGGUUCGAUACGGUUUUUGUUUUUUUUUUUUUUCAUUAAAGGCCAGAAUGCCGGUCACCGCGCUGGCUGUUAGCGCGCGACCCGUGCCUCAGUCGACAGACGCAAGCGCGCGUGCGCGAUCAAAAUGGACUUGCAAAAACGCGGGAAAAACAUUUCGCAACUUUUAAUUUUUUACACAAACAAAAUAAUUUUAAAUUUAAUAAAAUCUGUGCCAAAGAUAAAGGUUUAUUUUAGUUAGUAAUUAUGAAAUCAGUACAAUGUUAUUUAAUACGAUUAGUUGCAAAAAGUUGAUCGCUAUUUUCGUAGUGAUAUUGGUGUUGGUGUGUUCCUGUGAUAGUUUCAAAAUAAAAGUGAAAAGGAAAGUGCAAGACUUCAGACAUGUGUCCGGGAACAAACUCAAGGAUUAUAGUGAGAACUCCACUGAUGCAGCCAGUGGACGAGGAUUCUUUCCGCCGGGCAGCAUCUUCACGCUGGGCAAGGUGCUGAACUUCUUCCCUGUCGGCGGCGAGCGCGAGUGCCAGCCCAGCCACGGGUUCACGGCGCGGUCCGGCAUCUGCCUGAACCCGUACGACUGCCGGCAGCGCGACGGCAGGGCCGGCGGCGACUGCGCACACGGGCUGGGCGUGUGCUGUGUGUUCGAGGUGACCUGCGGUGGAACAGUCCAGAACAACCUGACGUACUUCAUGUCACCUGGCUUCCCGGAGCUGUGGGGCGGGCGGGGGGACUGCAACGUCACCAUCGAGAAGGCUCAUGCCGGUAUAAUGCAGCUGAGGAUCGACUUCGUGCAUUUUAGUAUUGGGCAGCCGAACCGGGCGACCGGUGAAUGCGAUGAAGAUGUGAUGACGCUAGGUGAGGAAGGGAAUCAGUUCAGAGUAUGCGGACAAAACCAUGGACAACACAUCUACCACACCCUCUCCACGGACACGGAGGCUCGCGAGGCAGACGAGCUGGCCGGGCACCGUCGCACGCAGCUGUCAGUCGCCGCGCGAGGCAGCCUCGUGCCGCGGCUGUGGCUGCUCAAGAUCGCGCAGAUGCCGCUGGCCAAUGCCGCGCCGCACCAGUGUAAACAGUACUUUACUGCUGAUAAUGGUACAAUAUCCACCUUCAACUUCGCCAUAAACGGCCGUUACCUAGCCAACCAUCAGUACCAGGCGUGCGUGCGGCGCAGCGCGGGCGCGUGCUCCAUCCGGUACGCGCCCUGCGCCCCGCGCUCCUUCAGGAUCGGGCCCGGCGGCGGGGUGCAGACGUAUGGGGCUGCUGCAUUCCCAUCUGCCCCGGGCUCGCUCGGCGGAGCGGGUGGAGGGUUCUACGGACCUGAGGGGGCCUUCACCAUGGUCCCUCUAGCCACCGCAGCACCACUGGCUACUGCAGGGAUGGACCAGCAAGCCGCUGAGAAUGACCCGAUAGUGGAAGAAGGAAUGAUGCCAGUGAUGGACCAGGUCCAAGAAGAUGAUAUGGAAGGUUCUGGAGCGGAUCCUCAGAUAGCCAGCAUGGAUGCUCCAGUCACCCCCGUGCCGUCUAUGGCUUCUCGGAUCUGGAGCUUUAUUUGGCCGUCUUGGCUCUGGGGGCAGAGUUCCAGAGGGUUCUCCACUCCGAAGACCUGGGGUUUCUGGUCUCCGUACGCGCAGCACUACUUGAGAGAAGACGAUGACUUCAGAUACCAAGGCUACGGGAACUUCGGCCUGGACUUGCGAGGGUUCGGCCGCCAGCACUGCCAAGACAGGAUCACUAUUCCGUGCGACAACGAGUAUUUUGUUUCGAAUUCAUCUCUAAUGAACGGAGUCUGCGACCCACACCACUGUGGCCAAACCUUCUGCCCUGGAGCGCCAUUCGACAGAUGCUAUGUGCAGAGUUCUGUGUCUCCAUUCUCUGUAUCCGUCAACUUCGGACCACCCGUGGUGCAGAGAAGUGCUGAGGAGAACAUUGGAGCGUGUCUGAUGUAUCAACAGCUGCCUUGUGAUGUGUGACGGUGAUCUGCUGUAGCUAAGACUAUGUGUGAGUAUAUAGUAUUGAGUUAAUUUACUUGAUCAGCAUUGUUAUUAGAUUGCAUAUUUUAUUUGUCUUAUUCAGUCGAGACGUUUACAGGUUAUGAAUAAAAGCUUAUUUUCAUA